UAUAUGUGCGGUGUGAUGUUUGUGGGUGCGUUAUUAAGUUGUACGCUAAUAUGCAAUGACAAAAAAAAGGUCAUUGUGGUUUUGGGAAAUUACAACACUUUGCAGUAUCGAAACUCCCUGGACCAGAAGAGACUUUUCGAUUCCUGUGAAUUAUUACGCCAUCAACACCAUUUGAAGUGUACCGCUUACAAACAUGAGCUGCUUGCGUUCCAAUGUUGCAGCUCAUCUCCAUAAGUGUGAAUCCAAGAGGAACGGAGAAACGUUCAUUUUCAAAAUGGAAUUGCCCAUUGAUGUCAAUUCUUUUAAACGGGUGUUUCUCUAAAUAUGCCCCGCGGUUGAAAGUUAGAUUUGUUUUUGUGUGUGUCUUAAUAAUACAAUAUCAUUAAAACAAUCAAAGAUCACAAACAGAAAUGGUCAAUUUUACUCUCAGGUCCUAAAUCUGUGCUUGCACAAGAAGAAUCUCUCUCUCUCUCUCUCUCUCUCUCUCUCUCUCUCUGUCUCUCGCUCAUAUAAAUGCUUCUCUUUUUUGCAUCCGUGGACAGUUAGUUUUCCUGCGCUCAGCAGUUGUCAUUCGACAUCUCAUCAUGUUUGGUCACUUUUGUUUGGGUCUGCUGGCUCUUUCCUCUCUGACGUCUUCGUCUGAUUUGAACUGUGAAGAACUUGUCGUCCCUCUGGAUGACCGGAAGCUGAUUUCUGGAAAAUGGAUAUUUUGUGUUGGAACAUCAGACAAUCAGGAUUACUUGGAUGAACUCGAAACAGUCAGCAGCUCCUGGAUUGAACUCUCACCUGUGCCCGACAGUGAGAACUUCACGAUGACCUGGACAGACAGAAUAGCUGGAAACUGCUCUUUUGAUAACGUCACUUCCGCUUUUCCGAGCAGCUCUGCAAAUGUACAAUCUCACUACAGUACCGCUGAGGAAAUACAUGCUGAGCGAUACCUGAAGACGUGUCCUGACUGCCUCCUCUUGAUUGACAACAUGAUACUGAAGAUCCCUCAUUCCAAACCCCUGAAAGGCAGAUUCUUUGUCCUCUUCACAAGAUCGGGAAGACUCGAUGACGCUCAACUGGAGGUUUUCAAGAAACAGGCCGCUUGCCUCAAAUUCAGCCGAGAUUUGCACUUUGGAAACGGCACCGAUCUGUGUCCAGAAGAGAACCAAUAAAAGGGAGAAAAACAUCUUUGAGAGCGAGCCUACGACGGAUCGUCACCGUCGCAUCGUGUCUCUCCUCGGCCUUGUGGCGCGAUAUCCCAUUUCCCAAGUUUGAUUGUCCAUUUCACAUACUCCAACUUGCAGAUGAUUCUCAUCGUUUUAUCAGUUCUGCACCUUUCUGUUUCUUGGUUGUAACAUUAAAAUACUGUGUAUGACAUA